AUGAGCAAUCGUACAAGCAGCGUUUCACGUACUAUCAGUACUGAAUCUGUUGCUACAAAUGAUACUCCUCAGCGCUCCAACAUCUCAGAAUCAAGCAACAUUCCUUCCUCAGUGAAGAUAAGAGUCAACAUCCAGGGCUGCACAGCAUCCGGGACGAGAUGCAUCGUAUGUAAGAAGGCUAAGAAACUGACUCGUAUAUCUCCUAUGGCGAGAACACAAAUAUUCAUAGACAGAGGUAUAUUCAUUCCGCCAAAUGCUCGAUGUUGUAUGAGACACUUGGAAAAUGAUUUUUUCAGUAAAACAGCAACAGAUGAUAUCGAAGUAAAGUCAAACUAUUCGAUUCUAGACGAUAAAACUCUUUGUGGGUUGUUACAAAACUUACGUUCAGUUGCUUUUCGGAAAGGACUUAAUUUUGAUUGUCCACCUGCUCUUACUGAUGACGAUUAUUAUAAUCUGACCGGGUUGAAGAAAGAUCAAUUCAACUCCGUUCUUGCUUCAAUCUCUGGUUAUAUUAGAUCUACAUCUGGACGUUCUCCUCGGACUUGUCUUGCCUUGCUUUUAAUGAAACUAUGUACUGGUCUUUCCCUUUCAGUUUUGUCUACCUUAUUCGCUCUUCAAAAGAGGAGAGUAGGUAGGGCGAUAGCUGCAGCUCAUACUGCUCUCCUUUCAAUGUUUGUCCCGAACUUUUUGGGAACAAAUCAUAUCUCUCGAGAAGAUUUUAUCACAAAGCAUACGAGAACCAUGGCUAAAACGCUCUUCGCAGGUGGAGAGGAUGUCUGUAUCCUUGUAGCCGAUGGUACGUAUAUGUAUAUAGAGAAAAGUUCUAAUUACAAGUUCCAGAGACGAACUUUUUCAUUCCACAAAGGACGUUCACUAGUAAAACCCAUGAUUCUUGUAAGUUCAACAAGAUACAUCUUAGAAGUUUUUGGACCUUACUUCGCGGAUGGUAAAAAUAAUGAUGCAAGCAUUUUGACCAGCAUAAUGCGAUCUGACGCGAGCAGGCUCCGAUCUUGGUUGCAACCUAACGAUGUUUUCGUGGUGGAUCGUGGUUUCAGAGAUUGCCUCGAGAUGUUGGAAGAUCUAGGUCUCAUAACUAAAAUGCCCCAUUUCCUCCGAGAAGGUUCGCAACAUACUACAUCUGAGGCCAAUGAAUCACGCCUCGUGACUAAAAUACGCUGGGUGAUAGAGGCGGUUAACGGUCUCCUUAAGAAGUGGAAAGCAUUAGAUCAUGUAUUCCCAAAUUCUCAGAUACCGUAUGUGGGAGAUUACGUGCGCAUUGUAUCCGCUCUUUGCAAUGCUUUCAGAUCACCGAGAAUCAGUGACGAUCCAAAUGAUACAAUUAUUGCUGAGCGUAUGUUGCGUCUAUCGCAAAUGCCGAACCUCCUCCAGGAAAGAGUUGAAAGAGAAGGUUGGUCCAGGAAAAGAGUGAUGUGGCAACCCGUAAUUGCGGAUUCAAUCCCUGAUUUCCCUCAAUUGACCUUACACGAGUUGAUUCAUCUGACCAUUGGCUCAUAUCAAUUGAAACAAGCGCAAUCUUAUGCAGAGGAGCACACAGCUGGAGAUGGGAUGUAUCAACUGUUCGUCCAUAGGCAAGAGAGAAAUAUCUUACGUCUCCAGAUACAAUCGCGCCACACAUCAUCGAAGGUGUAUAACUUGUGGAUUGAAUAUAGUCAAGGAAUCAAUCCCAUCAUUUCCUGGUACUGCCAAUGCAAGGUCGGUGCUAGAACCGUUGGUUGUUGUGCACAUGUCGCAUCCGUCCUUUGGUAUUUGGGGUAUUUAAGACACUCUGAAAGACUUCAAAAACGACCAUCACAAUCCUACGCACAAUACAUCCAAGAUGUAGCUAAGAACAUUUCAGACUGGUCUGACAAUAAGUCAGGUGAAGAUGGUCAUCAAUCUAAUGACGAAUAA